AUGCCGACGUCAUACCCUGGUGUUACCAAGUUCACAAACGGCUAUCUCCUCAAGCAUGGCCAGCUGGUAUCUGGCGACCUCUGGGUGUCGUCAGAGACCGGACACAUCAUCAGCCCCCAAUCAGCCUUCUACUCGUCACACCUGCGACCCGACAAGACCGUGGACCUUGAAGGCCGAAUAUUGUCGCCAGGCUUCAUCGAUGUGCAGAUCAAUGGAUACCACAACUUUGACUUCUCGACACCCGACGCCGAGUUCGCCUCGAAACUCGUGGACACAGCCCAGCGGAUGAUCAAGACCGGUCUCACAUCCUUUGUCCCAACCGUCAUCAGCACCAAGCUCGAGGCGUAUCGCGCCGUGCUACCUCAUCUCGGCCCCCCGACAGACGAUAGAGAUGCCAGUAAAGGCUGCGAGAGCCUCGGGGCGCAUAUCGAAGGCCCCUUUCUCUCGCCAGUGCGAAACGGCAUCCACAAUAAGGACGUCCUCCAGGAAGCCCAGUCUUGGGAAGACAUCGAGGAGUGCUACGGCGCCGACAACCUGCGCAACGUCCGCUAUAUCACGGCUGCACCGGAGCGCGGCGCCAUGAUGUCGCUGAUCUCCGAUUUCGUCGCUCGCGGCAUCGUCUUCUCCGUCGGCCACUCGGACGCCACCUUCGAGCAAGCACAAUCUGCCAUGGCAGCCGGCGCCACGAUGGUGACACACCUUUUCAACGCGAUGCGGCCAUUCGGCCACCGCGACCCGGGCAUCUUCGGCCUCCUCGGCCAGUCCACACCCUCCAGCCCCGUCACAACCCCCAAAGCAAGUCGGCCAGCCAGCGCGUCGACUUCUCCGGUCCGCUCGCCGCGCUCAUCCCGGCGCUCGUCUCCUCGCUCGAGUCUCAGCAUCAGCACAACCAUGUCCGAGAUCGAGGACUCGGAGCGCCGCUACCGACAGCCCUUUUUCGGCCUCAUCGCCGACGGUAUCCACCUGUCCCCUCAGACCCUCAGGAUCGCGUACUCAUCACAUCCGGAAGGCGCCAUUCUCGUUACUGACGCGCAAAAAUUCGCGGGCUGUCCUGACGGAGCGUAUUCGUGGCGCGGUGAGGAUCGCUUCAUCAAGGAAGGCAAAGUCCUAAAGUUGGAGAGCAACGGCCGCAUUGCCGGCAGUGUGGUCGACCUGAUCGACUGUGUCAACAACUUCAAGCGCUGGACCGGCUGCGGGACGGCCAAGGUGCUCGAGACGGUGACGAGCACGCCGGCCAAGAUGCUGGGCAAGGACGUGGAGAGCCGCAAGGGCAGACUCGAGGUCGGCAUGGAUGCCGAUUUGGUGGUGCUCGAGGAAGGUCUUGACGGUGAUCUGACGGUGCGGCAGGUGUGGAAGUUUGGCGUUCAGGUUGUGUAA